AUGGAAUCUGCAGAGCCCUCACCUAAGCCAACUCUGAUCAACCCACUCACUCGCUACGAAGACUUCAAGUUUGAGUUUCCCCCGAACACGUACCCUAAGCAGGUUCUUCAAACAAGUUUCAAGUACCCUCCGGACUGCGGAGAGAAGAGCUAUGUUGGAAGUGGUCGUCUCAAGGGUCGCCGUGCUCUGGUCACUGGAGGCGACUCAGGCAUCGGAAGAGCCGUUGUCAUUGCUCUGGCUCGAGAAGGAGCCAAAGUAGCGAUUAACUACCUUCCUGAGGAGGAGCCAGAUGCGGAGGAUCUCACACAAUUCCUGGCCAAGGACCAUCAGGUCAAACACGACCUGAUUCGAAUCCCAGGAGAUCUGAGGAGCAAAUCCUUUUGCUACGAGCUCGUCCUUAAAGCAUUCGAUAAACUGGGCGGGCUUGACCUCGUCGUGAACAAUGCUGGAUACGCUGGCGGCAAAUUUGAGAACUUUGACGGUUUGGAUCCCGAAGUGUGGGACGACAUUUUCAAGGUAAAUGUCUACGCCAGUCUGCACAUCACCCAAGCAGCUGCACCGCUCCUCCCUCCAGGAUCCUCCAUUAUAUUCACUGUGUCUUCGACGGGCAAUGAUCCGCAGCCUGGGAUAGCUGCCUACUCUGCAUCCAAGGGCGCGCUCCGCAACUUUGUCAACGGUGCCGGAUCGGAGCUUAUCAAAAGGGGCAUCAGAGUCAACGGCGUCGCCCCAGGGUUCACGUACACUCCACUGCUGGUGUACACCGGUUUGACGGAGAAGGUAACAGAUGGGAUAGUCUCUUCGCUCGUGCCAGAGGGACGUCUCCAGCAGCCUGCUGAACUGGCUCCCGUGUAUGUGACUCUGGCGGAUGAUCAGGCAUCUUAUGUCAUUGGUAAGCUGGUUUACCUCAAGGAGUGGGUUAUCAAAGCGGCCAGCUACAAGCGACGCUCUGUCUUUCCCAAAGAGCUGGUCAAUACAUGCAUGAACUCAGUGAGCCUUCUGAGCUGGUACUGGCAGAUCAUCCUGGAUGGUGUUGAGGGCAGGGGUGCGCGUACGACCCGGACGAAAUAG